AAAUAUAAGAAACCUCCGGUUCUUGUAUUUGAUAACAUAAGCUUUCUCGAUAAAACACAUCCGGAAAUUAUCGAUCUUCUUCAAGAAAAUGCUAAAGAAAGCAUUGAUUCUUCAAAGUAUGUUGUAGUAUUCGUCACUGGGAUCAGUCCCGAAAAGGAUGAGAGGGGUAAAGUAUGUAAUGAUGCGGAAGCAAAGAAGUUACAUGAAUUAAUUGGUGGACGUAUCAAGGCAUUGCAGUCUGCGGCGAUAGCUAUAGAAUGUAAAAAAUCAUUCGAAGCAGAAAUCAAUCGGGGACAAUUAUAUCGCGAGAAAGUGAAGCCACUCAGAAAAGCUUUGUUAGAGAAUGAUGAUAAAGGGCUUGAAUAUGUUAUGGUUCAAAAAAUAGUUAAAGAUGAUACCAUGUUGGAUAAACUGUUAAGUAAGGUUAUUAAUGGAGUACUCCAUUAA